AUGCCUCUAAAAAAUCAACAGCGAAUACAAACAGAUACAGCACGUAAUCGAGAUCGAACACAUACUACAACAACAGCAACAUCAAAAAAAACUGUUUCUACAUCGAAACAACUUGUCGGUGGUGUUGUUCAACCAAGGCCUAUAUCUGGUACAACAAAAAUUAGUAGUGCAACUACAUCAAUCAUUUUCGGAAUAAAUCCAAAACAAACAAAUCAUUCACAACCGACGAAAAUUAUAACUGAAGUUGAUGAUACAAAUAUUGAUGAAGUAUUAACUUUAACUGAUGUAUCACUUAUACCAAGAUCAUUUCUUACUGAAAUUCAACAAGAUGAAGUUUAUGCAACAAUUUUAGAAGCACUUCGAAAGAAAAUGCCAUAUCAAAUUCCACCUAAGACUCCUCCUCGACAAGAAGAAGAUGAUGAAGAAGAAAAACCAUUUUCACCGCAUCUUCUUGCAAUCGAUGACGACGAUGAUGAUGAUAUAAGUGUAGAUGAUGAGAUAUCAUCUUCAUCAUCAAGUGAAAAUAAUCCUAUAGUAUCUCAUGAAGAUUAUGAUACUGAUAUUGAAACAGAAUCUAUUGUACAAAAUGUUCAUGAUCCAACCGGUAGAGAACAAUAUCGUGAACUUUGUCAACAAGCAAAUAUAAUUCCAUGUUCAUAUUUUAUGGCACAUAUACAAGAUAGUGAAAUGACUUUACGUUAUCAUCAAUUUAAUACAGAAGACAUUCGAGCUAUAACAAAAACACUUUAUACGAAUCUUAAUGUUGAACAUUUAUUCUUAGAUGGUAAUUAUUUACAACAACAAGCAACAAAACAUAUUACACAAUUAAUUUUAACAAAUGAUUCUAUUACAGAAUUAUCUCUUGCUGAUAAUCGACUUGGUGGUGAUGAAGGUACAAAAGAAAUAUGUAGAUUAUUAACAUUAAAUCGAAAUUUAAAAAAAAUUAAUUUAUCAGGAAAUAAAUUCAAUGAACUUGAUAUUGCACAAUUAAUCGAAGCAUUUGAACAAAAUAAAAUUUUACGUAAACUCGAUUUAAGUCAUAAUUGUUUUGGUGAACACUGUGGUAAAACACUUGGUGCAUUUAUUAGUAGUAAUGAUUCAUUAGAAUCAAUUGAUUUAAGUUGGAAUAAAUUUCGUGGACGAAGUGCCAUUGAUCUUGUUAAUGGAAUUAAAGAAAACGUUCGCUUGAAAUAUUGUAAUCUAGAAAUGAAUGGUUUAGGACCUGAUAGUGGACAAAUUUUAGCUGAUUGUAUUAAACAAAAUAGUGCAUUAGAAGAAUUUAAUAUUAAUGGAAAUCGAUUGAAUACAUCAAAUGCUUUUGCUAUUGCUCAAGCAUUAUCAUCGAAUGAUUCACUUCAAGUUCUCAAAAUUGCCAAUAACCAAAUUAAUUGUGAUGGUGUACUUGCUGUUUUUCUUUGUGUCAAAGCAAAUGAAGCAAAUGCAUUAAGAGAAAUUGAUUUUUCAUAUACAGUGGUUACUCAAGAAACAGUUGACGUUUGUAAAGAUAUUGUUAAAUUAAAAGAUGGUAAAUUUCGAUAUCGUAUUGGAAAAGUAACACCACCAAAACUUCAACCAAACUCUACUAGUGAAUGUUAUGUUAAAACUAAUGAAGAAUUACUCAAUAGACUACGUUCAAACGCAGCUAAUGUUAAACCUAAUGUUGAUUAA